CUUCCCGAUGGGGUAAACAUUUCCAAAGAAGCUCGGAGCGCAAUCUCCCGCGCGGCGAGCGUGUUCGUGCUCUAUGCGACGUCAUGUGCAAAUAACUUUGCCAUGAAGGGGAAGAGGAAGACGCUGAACGCCGGCGACGUUCUCUCUGCCAUGGAGGAGAUGGAGUUUCAGCGAUUUGUAGCCCCUUUGAAGGAGUCCCUGGAAGUUUACAGGCGUGAACAGAAAGGAAAGAAAGAAGCAAGGAAAGAUAAAGACAAGAAGGCAGACUCGGAGGAGCAAGACAAAAGCCGAGAGGAGGAGAACGAUGAUGACGACGAAAGGAUGGAGGAAGAAGAGCAAAACGAUGAGGAGGAGGUGGACAACUGAGCGUGCUGCUGAGACACGUGCAGGGGCUGGGGUUUGUUCAGAGGGAUAUAAAUGCUGUAA